CGUUAUGGAGAUAUGGUCCUUCUUGAUGCUACUUACAGAACAACCAAAUAUGCAUUGCCCUUGUUUCUUCUUGUUGUUCGGACAAAUAUUGGAUACAAGCCUAUCGCUGAGUUUAUAUGUGAAAAUGAGACAACUGCUGCAAUAACCGAAGCCCUUAACAUCUUGAAACAGUGGAAUCAGCAUUGGGAGCCAAAAUACUUCAUGCUUGAUUACUCACAACAAGAAUAUCAAGCUUUGAAACAUGUAUUUCCAAAUUCUCAGAACUAUCUAUGCUCAUUCCAUCGUGAGCAAGCUUGGAUGCGAUGGACAAGGCAAGAGGUGGUGUAGGGCCUAUGCACCGCAUGGAUUCUCUGUGGCAGUUACCACCAACAAUGGAGUUGAGGCACUCAAUAAAUCAUUGAAGAGCUUCUACCUCAAAUUUUCUUGCACAGGAAGUCUGUCAUCUCUGCUUGAAACACUAGUAUGUGAGUUUGUCCCAGAGCAGUUGCUGUCAUACAGUAGACUCAACUUCAUCUACAGUAGUGAAUGCAAGACUUACAAUCCAGCUGUUCCAGCAUUUCUGAAAGACAGACCAAGAAGUUUUGUCAAACAUUGCUUGAACAGUAUCGAGGCAGCUUCCAGCUAUUCCAAAGAACACGUAGAGGUGCUUGGAAAGGAAUCUUUUAAGGUCAAGAGUGAGACAACUUCUGCAUGGUAUAAAGUAGAACUUGGUGACUCUGAAAAAUACCCAUCAUGUGAAUGUGUCCUCUUCAAAACAACGUUCUUACCAUGCAAGCAUUUCUUUGCCAUUUUUAGGCACACUGACAAAACGUGGGUUGAUCUUAGCCCAGAGUACCGUCAAAACCCAUAUGUAACUCUGGAUUUCAAUGUUGCUUUAACACAAGAUCCCCAGAGCAAUGAAAUCAGCAAUCAAGAAGACCUCUGCUUUGAUGUUUUUGAUAGUUCUGUACCAUGCACGGGGAAGCAGAAAGUAAGUAGUAAGUCACAGUCAUCAGGUUUAGCAGGCGAUCAGUGGCAUCUACGUGAAGAGCUCAAGACUUUGCACGACAUUUCAUAUAUUUGCACUGAUAAAGAAGCUAUCAAGAAUGCAUCCAGAGUUGUUCAUGACCUUUGUGAGACCCUGAAAUCCUGUUUACCCAAGGAAGAUGGCCUGGUUCUCCAGCAGCAAGAACCUGCCAAGAAAAAUCUUAGAGCUUUACCAAGUCGCUUGAAGAAAGUCAAACAAAAAACAUCCAGGAAACGUAAAACAGUGGAAAUAGGUGCAAAUAAAGAGGAUACAAAUAUCCAUAAAAAGUCAAAAACAAAUAUCCCAGAAUCCCAGAGGACAGAAGACACAGAGAUGGACAAAAACUCUGUUCAGCCAUGUGGUGUGGAUCUUUCUGAAGAUGAAUUGACACAAGCGACCACAAUGACACAUGGUGACAGAUUUUCUCAUUUGUACCAUAGUGAGCACUUACCCAGGCUGUCAGAGGACAUGUCAUCUGAGGUGAAUGAUACUCUGGCACUACAAGACCCAAACCAGGUGAUCAGCAGAGCCUUCAAACUGUGUAUUACACAGGGUGACUUGGCCACACUGAAGGAGGGUUGCUGGCUUAAUGACAAGGUUAUCAACUUCUAUUUGUCCUUGCUAAUGAAAAGAAACAGUGAUCAGCUGGGAAGCCUUAAAGUCUUCUCUUUCAGUACUUUCUUCUACUCAAAGCUUCAGAGCGGUGAAGGCCAUGCAGCAGUGAAGAACUGGACAAAAACUCAGGACCUCUUCCUCUUUGAUCUUGUUUUUGUUCCUUUGCACCUAGGCAUGCAUUGGGCUUUGGCUGUAAUUGAUUUUAAAUCCCAGACCAUACAGUGCUAUGACUCAAUGGGUCAGAGACAUGAUGAUAUCUGUCACAUGUUCUUAAAGUACCUCACAGAGGAGCACAAGGUCAAGAAAGGCUGCAUCUUGGAGGCUUCCAGGUGGACCAUCGGCCGAAUGAGAACUUAUGCCUAAACAGGUGAAUGGCAAUGACUGUGGUGUUUUUGUCUGUAAAUAUGCAGACUUCCUUUCUCAAGGAAAGCCACUCACUUUCAGACAGGUACUGUUCUGUUCACACCUUUAAUCCUUUAAACAUUUUACUAUACUCUUGAUUCAUUUGUCUCUUUCUCUGUAGUGUGACAUUCCACUCUUCAGAAAAGUGAUGGUUUGGGAGAUAGUACAUGAGAAGAUCCUGUAAGCAGUGAAUCAACUAGUUCUUCAAACAUCAUCAAACAUCUUAUGUUCUAUCUGUGUAAAUUAAAUUGAGAAUGGAAUUAAUUGAAUAAUAAUUCAUUCUGAAUAAUUUCUUUACAAGCAAUUGGCUGAAAAUAGAGAUUAAUAAAAAUCUAUAAAAUGGCAAAAUGGAGAUUAAUAAAAACUGA